AUGGGGGCGGCGCGUGCAGACGAUGCAGAAGGAGACGCCAUGCACCAUACAGGCAGUGUAUCGCAUAUCGGCAAUAAGCACAAGCGCCAGGAUAUGUACCAAAAGUACCGCAAGGAAAAGGCCAAGCGCAAGUUGGCGCGUCGCCUGAAGACGGCCAAGGACGAGCGGGCCGGCAAGGACGGCAAGGCGCUCAAAAAGGUGUGCGCAACUCACACGCAGGAGCGACUCGCAAAAAACAAGCCGCGCACGAUAGAGAAUACGCGCGUGUACAAUCCGACGCUUCUCCAUGCGCCGAAUACACACGAGAUGCCCUCGUGGAUCGAGGAGCAACAGCGGCAAGCACGCGAACAGUCAGAGGAUGACGCCGAGGACGAAGAAGAAAACGACGACGAGUCCGAGGCCGUGGAGGACGAGGAAGGUCCGCGCAAUGAGGCAGAGGUGGACGAGGUCGUCGAUCCUCAGCAAGCCAAGUACGACCUCGACGAUGAUCCGAGCGCCGCGCCGGCCAUCUUGAUCACGACGUCGAUGCCAUCGAACUCGACGUCGCCGCACCUCGCGUCUGCCAAUGCACGCAGUCACCCUGCCGAGGCUGUGCGCGACCUGAUCAAGGAUCUGCUGAAUGUGUUCCCUGGCGCCGAAUAUCGCCCGCGUGCCAAGGCGCGGGGCGCAGGCCUCGGCAAGAUCUGCGGGUGGGCGCGCGCGCGUCGCUACGAUGCCGUUAUGGUCAUUGGCGAAUCGAACAAGAAGCCGUGUACGAUGACGCUUGUGGCGCUGCCGCUGGGUCCCACGGCGCUCUUCCGCCUGACAUCUGUCUCACUCACUAAGGACAUUGUUGGCCAUGCGCGUGCGACGCCGCACACGCCUGAGCUGAUCCUGAACAACUUUACGACGGCGCUCGGCCACCGUGUCGGACGGCUUUUGCAGCAUCUCUUUCCGAAGAUCCCGCAGCUCGAGGGACGCCAGGUGGUCACUGCGCACAACCAGCGCGACUACGUGUUCUUCCGGCGGCACCGCUACGAGUUCCGCUCGACGGACAAGGCCGCGCUGCAGGAGAUCGGUCCGCGCUUCACACUCAAGUUGCACAAGCUCUCGUCGGGCCUGCCCAAUGGCGCUGGGGCUUGGGACGGCCGUUUUGUCGAGGAGCUGGAAGAGGCACCGGCCGACGAGGCGCCUGAGGCGGACGCGGCUGAAGCACAUGCCGCCGACGACGGCGUCGAGUUCCAGUGGCAGCCCAAGAUGAGCGUAUCGCGCCGCCAAUUUUACCUGUAG